AUGAUUCAGGCCGAAUCGCAGACAAUAGCUGCGUCUGCGACUGCUCCCACGGAUAAAGAUGUCGCCUGGGCCAUAGUCAGUGAAGAAGCGGGGGAGAUUGACCCCGCCGUGGAGAAGAGGGUGGUGCGCAAGAUUGAUGCUUUUUUCAUGCCUGCUAUGUUAAUUGGAUAUGGAUUUGUUUACUGGGAUAAGGCCAUUCUUGGCAGCGCAUCACUGUUCGGCAUGACAACCGAUUUGCAACUGCAGGUCAUGGAUUACUCCACAUCGCCUGCCACCAAAGAUACCUCCCGUCUCAGCUGGGCCACCUCCAUCUUCUACUUUGGUAUGAUGGCCGGGUUGUACCCCAUGACCUUUGUGCUGCAGCGGUUUCGUAUCCAGCACGUCUUGGGGCCGGUCGUCAUGCUGUGGGCCAUUACCUGUGCUGCUACGGCGGGAGUCACCUCGUGGCGGGGGUUGUUUGUGCAGCGGUUUUUUCUGGGCUUCGUGGAGAGUGUCAUCCCUACCGGCUUCAUGACUGUCGUCAGUGGUUACUAUACCCAAGACGAGCAGAGUCUGCGCCAGGCCUGGUGGUUCUCCGGUACCGGGUGGUUCACCAUUAUCGGAAGUGCGCUCAACUAUGCGUUUGGACAGAUCGAUUCUGGCAGCCUUAGGCCUUGGCAGUAUAUCUACAUUUUCGCCGGUGUGCUGACUUUUCUAUUCGGGAUCUGGUGCUGUGCCAUGCCCAAUUCGCCCGUCGAGGCGUGGUUUCUGACCCAUGAGGAAAGAGUAGUGGCCGUGGAGCGCCUGCGUCGGGGACAGACUGGUGUGCGCUGCCAGGUGAUCAAGAAAGAUCAAAUUGUGGAGGCAUUCCUGGACAUCAAAUUGUAUUUGAUUGCUAUUAUGAUGGCUGCAGCGUGA